CCCAUUUUCCACCACAUAUGUUGUCCCGUAUCGAACGAACGAAUAUGGGAAUUUCAAGUGGCACAUCACCUAUAACCCAGCUAAAUCAAAAUUCAAUCUGCAAUCCACACAGUACAACCAGUCCGAAAACAUCGCCCAACAUUUCCUUAACAAAUUCAUCACAAAUGACACCCACCCUAACCGAUGAAAAUGACAACAACAAUAACGUUGACGAAGGAUUUGAAAACGACAACAUAUCAGUAACUGGAUCUCCCCCGUUAGCAAAUUCAACAGAAGAUGAAGAUAAACGUAGUCCGACACCCCCAACCGGUGCGUUUACAUCGCUUAUACAAAAAAAUGCUUCGUCAUUUAAGAAAAGUGAUUUCUUAUCGGGAUUUGCAUCGCACAUACAUCAACCUAAUCAGCACGUUUUUAAUCAUGCCCUGGCAGCACAAUUAUUUUUACAGUCGCCAUUAAUGCCUCAACCUAGUCAAUGGUUAUACACACAGUUGUAUGGAAAUUACAACGAUAUGCCUUGGUUUCGGAAUACAUUUCAGAAUGGCAGCAAUUUUCGGCCAACGGCCAUUAAUAAUGAAGAAAAAUGUGAUGUUGAUAAUGGUACGCUGGGCAGCCGGUCGAUAACGCUGAUUACGCAUAAUGAUGAAACGGAAAAUCGAUUGUCGCCACCGGUCAGUUCAACACGACGAUCGCUCAGUCCAACAGAUGAAGACGAAGAAGUGGACGUUACUUGCCGGAAGGGAGAUAGCAUCGGGCCAAUUCGGUGCAGAACACCAUCGAAGCAUGUUGAUGUUUGGCGGCCGUACUAGACGCUUACCAAAUAAUUUUAAUCUUUUGAACGGCGACUUCGUGCUGUGUCUUAUCUCCGAAGGAGAUUGAUGACAGAAUUGACUUAUUUGACAUCGAUUGAAACAUUUCCCAGUCGUACAGAUUGGUUUCUUUUGAAGUCAGUUCCAGCAUGUGAAUUUUUAGAUUCAUUUGAGUCCGUGAGAAAAGUAUACAAACACAUGGAUAAUGGAUAUCCAUGCGCUUUAUCCGGUGAGAAGGAAUUUUUUGUUUGAAAUUUUUCCCAACAUGAAAACAUAUCGAAUUUAAGAAACCCAAAAACAAAAAACCAAAAAUAUUUUCCUAAAAUAGUUCAACUAACUUAAAGCAGAGGCUGCUUAACUCAGUCAAUUCAAUUUAGAUUCGUUAAAUUUGUUGGACUACAGCAAUAAAAUAUAGGAUCUAUAGCACAGUAGACUGCCAUCUUCCUAACGAUUAUAUGGGAUGCUUGCAUCCCAGUCCUUUUGUAAUGUUAAGGUUCGGAACAGGUUUGGGGUUAAACUGAACCGGAUACAGGAACCUGAAUUUUUGAUUUCGGGUUUGACCCGAGUUUCACCUGAUUUUUUGUUUCCCCUUGUUUCUGAAAAUUUUUAGGUUUGGGUCAAACCCGAAAGUGAAAAUUAAAUUUCAGGUCCAAUUCGGGUCAAACCGUUUCAGGAUCAGAUUAGGUUCGGGUUGAACCCAAAAUCUCAAAUUCAGCUUCAAGUGAAAAGUGCAGAAUAACCACUUGGGUUCAUUAAUUAUUCUUUGACACUUGGAUUAAAAUAGGCAGUUACCACUCCACAAGAAAUGUCUGCACUUUCAUCGCAUUCAGAGUGAAAAGCCUUUGACCGUCUUGUUUCCUGGAAAUUUUGAAUUCGGUACUAAGCCAUAAAACGCUCCACAUUCUGCUCCGUUGAUUGAGAGUGAAAAUUUCAGAAAAUAAUCCCAAAAUCUCUCCCUUCAGUCAUUUUUUUUUUUAUCUUCUUCGUAUCUCCUUGUUGCACCUGUAUACAGUCGAAUAUCAUCAUUUUCGAAAAUGGUUCCGUCUCUCGUUGACCAAGCAAGAAUUUUGUAUAAAGUAGAGAUUCGGAAAUUUCAAAAUUUGGAGCUUUAUAAGUUUAUCUGAUUGUGGAAAGUUUGGCCAAAAGUUACGUAUUUGAAAGAAAUGUUAUUAAUUCUAUGUGAUUUUCUAGUAUCUGUUGAAAAAUUCUUAAAACCCAACAACCUAGCAGAGUUUGCAAAAUUUUGCUAGACGUUCCUUCUGGUCAGAACCUCUUCAACCACACCAACUGCUAAAAUUCUUAAUAUAAAAUGCAGGCCGUCGAGAGUUAUACAAAAUACCGAUGAGAGUUAUUUUGUAUGGCCGAUAAGCACUAUAAGAGUAAUUUUUCCCUUUUUGUCUGAUAGGUACGAUAGAUUUGAAAGGACAGAGUUUUUAUUUUAUGAAGACCUGCAAUACUAGUGCUAGAGCUAGAGCUCUACCAGAACAACCAACGCAUUCACUUGGAACGGCUGACAUUUGGGCCUUAGCAAAAUGUCAGGAUUUCGCCCAUUUCAAGGGAAUGCCUUCAGGCCAUUCCACUCAUUGAAACGUUUUCUAAUAGUGCUAGCAACUACUUUAGGCGAAAUUUGAAAUCAAAAAUUGAAAAAUCAUAGCUGAGACCUUAAUACACCGGCAAAACCGAAUUCUAGCCGAAAUAGUUUAUCAUUUUCGAAACCAUUCAUAAUGGAGUACAUCUCGUGUCGAAUAUUGGUUUCUACUAAAAUACGUUCUUUGAUGUGUAGUGUACACACACUUCUUGUAAUGAUUAAAGAAACAAACUCUAGUCUGUAUAUUUCGAUAAUUUAGCAAAAUUCGUACGUUUUUAAGAGUAAAAUAAAUACGAGCAGGGAAAACGAUUAGAUGAAGAAAUGACCUAUGUUUCUAUGGUAAUCAAUGCUAUCACAUAUAAUGGUUAUAGUGACGCCAGGGUUUUCGUUUGUACAGCGCUGCUACCUAUUCUCCAGUGCGGUAUUUGAUUAAAUUUGUCGUUCGAGGGCAAAGCUGAAAUUUAGAAGUCUAUGUAAAUAUCUUAAGCAGAAUAAAGGUUAAAUGCAAUUAAAGGUAUUAACACAGCCCAACCCUGAUUGAACCCAUACACCACAGAGUGUUCGAUGACACUGAUUACUAUAGAAAUAUCCAUUUUCAUUUUAAUAUUGAAAAAAAACUAAUUUGUGUGGGGGAGUUGCGGGAAGCGGUGAUGUUGAUUAAACAUUCUAUAUUUAUGAUGAAAUUUACAUUUCAUUAGACUGUUCGAAUACCAUGAUUUCAAAGAUUUCGUUGGUUUUGUAAUUUUUCGAAUUCAACUCUAAUUGAUCGUUUGAAUCUAAAAAUGAGAAACGUGAGAAAUAAUUUCCUUCUCUGCCAACUGGAUUAUCCAUCGAGAAAUAGAUUCCGUUGUAAUUCAAACUUUUCACAAACAUUUGAUCAUUUGAACAUUUACAUAUUGCAGUUUUUCUAGGUUUUGAUAGUAAACUUUGCAGAAAUGUGACACAUUUAAAAAAAAUUUUGGACUUGUGAAGGCUCACCAACGCUUUCAUAUCCGUUAAAAAACGAAUGUGUUUCAAAUGUGUAUCAACUUUUUUUUUCGAAUGUUAUACCCCAAUACAUUUUAUGCUUAAUUCGCAUUUUUAUGGAUAGUACUUGGCCUGUAAAUUUCUUUAUAUAUUCAAUUAAAUACGGGAUUUAGAGUCAAAAAUCAACGUUUCCCGCAACUCUCUGUAAUUUUCAACUGAAACUAUUGUAACUAUAAAUCUUAAUUGUAAAUAACUACUCGGUAGAUGUAUUAAUUCAAAGCAAACCAAAAAAAAACUAAAAAGAAUCGAAAAAAGUUUUUACAUAAAUUUAUCAAAGUUAAAAAAUAAAAUAAAAAAUUAAAAAAAAUGUAAUUUGGUAAAAUAUAGCAUCGACACGACAUUUUGAUUUGAUAUUCAAAAUAUUGUUAUCGGUACCUACACCUACAUUAAGAAGGUCACGUGUCUAGUAUUUAUAAUGAGAUUUAAAAGUAAAAAAAAAAAACAGAAGAAACUAAAUUAAUUAAUAAUUUAAAUGUACGUAGGUAUUGUAAAGAUGAAUAUAUAA